CAGAGUGCGGCUGGGCUCUCAGGAUAAACUCACGGCACCUGGCCUGAUGCUUGCCUUUCCUUCCCUCCCUUGAACGUCAAGGUUUAAGCAGAGCCUGAGGACUGGGAACUCUUCCCUGGAAUCUGAUCAACCUGAAGCCAGUUGCGGAACUGCACAGGGUCCCCAUGGACCUCAAGGAGAGCCCCAGCGAGGGUAGCCUGCAGCCCUCUAGCAUCCAGAUCUUCGCCAACACCUCCACCCUCCACGGCAUCCGCCACAUCUUCGUGUACGGACCGCUGACCAUCCGGCGUGUGCUCUGGGCCGUGGCCUUCGUGGGCUCUCUGGGCCUGCUGCUGGUGGAGAGCUCUGAGAGGGUGUCCUACUACUUCUCUUACCAGCACGUCACCAAGGUGGAUGAGGUGGUGGCCCAAAGCCUGGUCUUCCCAGCUGUGACCCUCUGUAACCUCAACGGCUUCCGCUUCUCCAGGCUCACCACCAAUGAUCUGUACCACGCCGGGGAGCUGCUUGCCCUGUUGGACGUCAACCUGCAGAUCCCGGACCCGCACCUGGCUGACCCCACGGUGCUGGAGGCCCUGCGGCAGAAGGCCAACUUCAAGCACUACAAACCCAAGCAGUUCAGCAUGCUGGAGUUCCUGCACCGCGUGGGCCAUGACCUGAAGGAUAUGAUGCUCUACUGCAAGUUCAAAGGGCAGGAGUGUGGCCACCAGGACUUCACCACAGUGUUUACAAAAUAUGGGAAGUGUUACAUGUUUAACUCAGGCGAGGACGGCAAACCUCUGCUCACAACAGCCAAAGGGGGCACAGGCAACGGGCUGGAGAUCAUGCUGGACAUUCAGCAGGACGAGUACCUGCCCAUCUGGGGAGAGACAGAGGAAACGACGUUUGAAGCAGGCGUGAAGGUUCAGAUCCACAGUCAGUCUGAGCCGCCUUUCAUCCAAGAGCUAGGCUUUGGGGUGGCACCAGGGUUCCAGACUUUCGUGGCCACACAGGAGCAGAGGCUCACAUACCUGCCUCCUCCGUGGGGCGAGUGCCGGUCCUCGGAGAUGGGACUCGACUUCUUUCCUGUUUACAGCAUCACUGCCUGUCGGAUCGACUGUGAGACCCGCUACAUCGUGGAGAACUGCAACUGUCGCAUGGUCCACAUGCCAGGGGACGCCCCUUUCUGUACCCCUGAACAACACAAGGAGUGUGCAGAGCCUGCCCUAGGUCUGCUGGCGGAAAAGGACAGUAAUUACUGUCUCUGCAGGACUCCCUGCAACCUGACCCGCUACAACAAAGAGCUCUCCAUGGUGAAGAUCCCCAGCAAGACGUCAGCCAAGUACCUGGAGAAGAAAUUUAACAAAUCAGAAAAAUAUAUCUCAGAGAACAUCCUCGUUCUGGAUAUAUUUUUUGAGGCUCUCAAUUAUGAGACCAUUGAACAGAAGAAGGCGUACGAAGUUGCUGCCUUACUUGGUGAUAUUGGUGGUCAGAUGGGAUUGUUUAUUGGUGCUAGUAUCCUUACAAUACUAGAGCUCUUUGAUUAUAUUUAUGAGCUGAUCAAAGAGAAGCUAUUAGACCUGCUUGGCAAAGAAGAGGAGGAAGGGAGCCACGAUGAGAAUGUGAGCACUUGCGACCCGAUGCCAAACCACUCCGAAAACAUCAGCCACAGUGUGAACGUGCCCCUGCAGACGGCCCUGGGCACCUUGGAGGAGAUUGCCUGCUGACAGCCCUCCGACCGCCCGGCACCCCCCCAGACUGACCUUGAGGCCCAGGACCAGAACGGGGGACGGCAGGCUCAGGUGGGAUGGCCCCUGCCGACCGACGGAAAGAAGCAAGAGCCCCCUAUGCACACACAGCAAACUCUCUGUCGAAACUUCACUCCAGCCUCGUCUGGCACGACGCCUCCUCAGGCCCUGCUGCCGCGUAUCCGUCCCUCUUAGGAGAAGUGAGCCACGCUCUGGAACUGGCCGAGAACCGACCUGCCAUCACAUCUCACUGCCAGAUGUAAAAAGCAACUGCAUGCUCUGAGUCCUCACGGCACCGCCUCCACUUGUGUCUCUGUACUUGACCCUCCUCCGUGCGGUUUCCAGCAGUCCCUCUGCGGCUGUGCAGGGGGACCAGGUUCCAGCCCCAAAGUCACCACGAGGCCACGCUGGAAUCACACCUGCACGAUCAAGAGGGAAACCUUAGAACUCGAUGACGUCCGGUCCUUGUGUAGUUUGUGAAGGUUUCUUCACCUGCCCACAAAGCCCUCCCCCACCUCCCCAAGCCGGCACACAGGGGGAUCAGGGCCACGCCCCCUCCCCUCCGCAGCAGCCCCGGGGACUCAGCCGCGGUGCCCACGUCGUCCUGCUCUCCCUGUGACACGGCUUGCACAGUCCGAUUCUGUUUCUUCGGGGGGCUUUUUUGUUCGUUUGUCUGUCUGUCGGAGAUCUGUUUCAUUUCGUUUUCUGAAUUUGGGUUUUGAUGUUCUGAGGUUUGGUUUUUCCAUUUUCUCUGGCGUUUAUUUAUUUGUGCUUCCAACCACAGUCAUAUUAAAAGCUGGUCUUGUGGAAA